AUGGCCAAAUUAUCACGGCCCCCGCCAUCUUCAUCCUCUCGGUCUCGGAAAACAAUCUUCUCAUCUUCCUCCGAAUCUGAGCCCGAAUCCAACAGCGACUCCGACUCCGACUCGGAGUUUUCAGAUAUCGCAGCCCUUCCACCAAGUCCCCAAAGGAAAAGAAAGGUUUUGCAACCGUUGCCUGCGACUAAGAAGAGAUCGACCCCUCCCACGGAUACGGCCUCUACCAGUAGUCACCAGACGGUCAUCGAAUCAGCAACAUCACCAAAUGCGGCUUCUUCAUCAGUAGCUGGUGUCAAGAGGCGGAAGCUGCUUUUGGGUGCGGUGUCGGAUAAUGUCCUUUUUCGGAAGUGGACGCCAGCGCAAGAGGAGGAGGGCGGGGUGCCAGCUAGGAAGAAGAGGAGGGGUUUGACCGCUGGUACAGGAUUCGGGCUGGGAUUGGGGAUGAUGCGCGAUGAAGAGAAGGAAGGUAGCGACUCCGAGGCUGAGAAUCUGGUCGCCGAUCGAAAGAAGGUAAAAGAGGUGAAGAGGGUAGGCGAGAGCACCGUUACUGCUCAGACGGUGGUGAGGACGACUAAGAGUCUUUUCAGAGACCAGAAUCUGUCAAAGAAACACCGCGAAGGCAAGGAAUUGAUGAGAACCAAGAAUAAGGAGGAAAAGUCGUUGGCAAGUCUUGUUCAGCCACCGAAACAAAGCGCCAGAAAAGGCAAGGACAUGAUGGAAAUCGACCAGGAGCUGGAUAUAGACAUCUUUGAAGAUCUAGAAGAUUUUGCCGAGGAGUCGUUCCACACUGCGCAGUCGAAGGAGUCUUCCGAGUCGAAUGAACUUGGGUCGGAAACCAUGGUCGAGAAGGCGCCGAAUACCAACACAGCAUCAAAUUCCAAAGAGGACGAUUCAGAUGAGGACUUGGAUGCAUUCUUCUCAAAGUUAAGCAACAAGCCCAAGAUCCCUGCAGUCAGAGAGAGCCACCUUUCUCCGACGAAGCCUCGGUCAACGAAGAACUCGAGAGGCAAGCGGAUGGAUGCGAGCUGGGGCACCCAAAGCCGGACUUUGUUCGAUGAUGAAGAGAGCGAUAGACAACAAAGAAGAGCAGCGAAACAGGUAGUUUCCAUCGAUGAUGACACCUGUGGCGAGGAGGAUGUCACGCAGGAUUUCUCCUGUCUCCAGCUGGACUCCUCCUCCUCCUCUUCCGACUCCGAAAGUUCAUCAGAAACCGAAACCGAACGACGGUCUCGUCCACCAGCUGCCACCACCACAACGAAGAAGCGCACUCAAACACCCAGCCCUCCUCCCAAAAUCCCCAAGCUCAAACCAAAGCCAUCAUCAACAACAUUACCACCACCAUCCCCUCCCAAGAAACUCCCCCGCAUCCCCACCACCCCCCACCGCCCCUCUUCCGACCUCUUUUGGUCUCGCGAAUUCGUCGACGACUGGAACGACACGCACUCUCCCACCAAGAAGGAACCACUCUUUUCGUCAACCAAACCCCCCACCUCGGACGCCACCUCUACUAGAGGUACUUCCAUCACCUCCCCCAAGAAGAACCCACCGGCGACCAGCCCUUCAAAAGCCGCCACCGCCCUCCUCGCCCGCGAAUCCCGUCUUGCGCGCCAACUCUUCGACACGCACAAACACUCCCUCGCCACUCACUUCCUCUCCCUUCUCGACGCCCGUCUGACUUCCUCCCGCUUAUCGGCUCUAACCGCCUCAACGGGCGGCAUCAAGCUCGUAUGGAGUAAGACGCUCAACACCACGGCUGGCAGGGCGAAUUGGAAGAAGGAGAGUAUUACUUGUCGUCCGGGCCAGGGCUCCACCAAACCGGAUGGGAGGAGUAGUAAGGAAGAAAAAAAGAAGGAAAAGGAAGUGGUGGUGACGGUGAAACACCACGCCUCCAUCGAGUUAGCUACCAAGGUCCUGUCUACGCCCGAGAGACUAUUCAAUACGCUUGCGCACGAGUUCUGUCAUUUGGCGGUGUUCAUGAUUGAUGGGGUGACUGCGAGGCCGCAUGGGGCGGAGUUCAAAGCUUGGGCGAAGAAGGUUAACGAGUCGGAGUUUGGUGCUGGUGGUGGGGGGAGGAACCGUGGUGUCGGAAAGAUGAAUAUUCGAGACGGAGGAGAGGGUGUGGAAUGGGAAGGCGGGUAUGCGGUCGAAGUCACGACGAGACAUGGAUACGAGAUUGAGUUUAGGUAUGUUUGGGUUUGUGAUGGGGUUCUUUCUGAGUCCUCUUCUACUGGUCAGGGUGAAGAAAAAAGGAAAGGAAAAGAGAAAGGACAAGGAGAAGGGAAAGAAGGAUGUGGCACAGAAUAUAAACGCCAUUCGAAGAGUAUUGAUCCCAAAAGACAUCGGUGUGGGUUGUGCAAGGGGAUUUUGAGGCAGGUUAAGCCUGCGCCGAGGGGACAUGGUCAACAACAUCAUCAACAAGGAGGAGGACGUGGUGGUCACGUCUCUGAUAUGGCUGGUGGCGACGGGGCUGGGACACAAAAAGGAAUGGGAAUGAAGGAGAAGGGGAAGACGUCGGAGUAUCAAGUCUUUGUCAAAUAUCAGAUGAAGGUGGUUAAAGCUGAGAAACCGAGACUGACGUUUGGGGAGGUGAUGAAGGAGGUUGCGGAACGGUGGAAGGUGGAGAAGGCGAGGAGGGAGAAGAACAAGAAGGAAAUCCCGCUGGCGGAAACGAAAGGGAAGCUUUCUACAGUUCUGGAGGAGGUUGUCGCUGACGAAGAUGGCGAUGGCGAGGAUAUUCCGGAUGUGUUCGACGACGAACCGAUGAUGGACGUGGUUGAUUUGACUGCGGAUGAUUGA